CUGUAUUCCUUUUGGGACAGUAACAUAGUCAUAUUUUUCUUCAGGUAUCUKAUAGAUGUUGAAGGCUGGGAUCCAGAGGCAGCAAUUCAAGCUUUUGGUGAUGCCAGAGGUCAUUGCAUGGAUGGCCUCGUGUAUCUCACAGACCUCAGGACACAACCAAUGCGCAGUAACCUUGGAAUGGAUGUAUGGGAUGCAGAUGAAGAUAUUAUCCCACCACCACAUGCAAUGGAAGGAUCUGUAGAGCGGUUCCCAAAUGAAGAUUUUCAGGGGUCUGGGAAAAGAUUAAGAGUUUAUGAUGACCAUUCUCACAAUGAUUUACAAGGACAGAUGCAGUUGAGAGAUUUUGACUUCAUUAAUAAGGGGCCUGGACAAAGACGAAGACCAUUUCAUGACCAUCAAACUCAGGAUGAAUUAAGAACAUCAGUGCAGAUGAGAAAUUGGGACUACAAUAGGGGACCAGAACAACGACAAAGAGCCUUUACUGAUCACCAGUUUUGUGAUGAUUAUCAAGAAGACACACAGCUGAAGGACAUAGACUUCAGUAACAAGGGACAUGGACAAAAUUUGAGACCUUUUCACAGACACCAGUUUCAUGAUGAUUUGCAAGCAGACAGACAGUCUUUUGAUUUUACCAGAGGCCGUGAACAAAGGCAGAGAACUUUUCCUGACCAUCCUUCUCCUAAUGAUUUGAAGGAAGACAGGCAGUCAAAGGAUUUUGAUUUUGGUAGCAGGGGCCGUGGCCAGAGACGAAAACUGUUCCAUGACCACCAAUCUCGUGAUGAAUUUCAGACUCAAAUGCAGAUAAAAGAACAGGAUUCUGCCAGCAGAGGUCCUGGCCAAGGACUAAGAUCUUUCCAUGACUAUGAGUCAUGUGAUAACUUGCAGACACAGAUGCAAUUGGGAGAUUUUGAAUUUGUUAAGAGGGGUCGUGGACAGAGGUUAAGACCUUUUAAUGAUCACCAGCCUCGCAAUGACUUAAAAACAGAGAUGCAACUGAAGGAUUAUGAUAACAAAGGUCCCAGACAAAGGUGCAGACCUUUUCAUGACCCUCAGCCUUAUGAUGGCUUACAGGAACAGACUCAAUUAAAAGAUUUUGAUUAUGGUAAUAAAGGUCAUGGACAAAGGCCAAGACCUUUUCACGAUCAUCCAGGUCACAAUGACUUGCCACAUGAUUGGUGUUCAGACAGAAGUCAGUCCUUYUCUUCCCAUGACAAUGUACCAGAACCUCAUUUUUCCUCAUCUCCUUCACUUCACAGAGAUUACGGGUCUGAUAGUGAUGACUUCAACAGAAAUUACAGUAAUCGACCAAAUUGUCCUGAAGACAAUAGGAGAAUGCAUCCCUCAGAGGAAUUUAAUAGAGGAAAAAACAGAUUUGCACCAUACUCUUCACGAACAAUGCACCCAUCUUCAUGCAUGCGCCAAGAAGAUGGCUCAAUGGACUAUGAAAGAAAGCCUUUUCAAUGUGAAACUACCCAAAACAUGGAACAAAGUAAACGAUUACCAGUUGUAACAGUUGAUUACAAUUAYGGUCUGCCACUAGAUUGUGGACCUGAAGAGGAMGAGAGAUCACAUUAUGAUUUACCACCAAGAGACCACUACAGCUGGAACUGAAUAAAAAGGACAAUGUUUGCUCAGCUUACAAUUACUUUUGCCCAUUUUAUUUUGUAUGUGGACCAAUUUGUUUUUUAAGCAGAUCAAUUAAAUGAAAUGUUGGUACAUAGUAGCACCAACAGCUCCAACUGUAGCUUUCAGUAGUAGAGAACAGGUCUCURUUGUAAAAUUAGCUUCUACUGAUGUUUGGUUCUUGAAAUUUAUUAGGCUGUAUUUGUUAAGUGUAGCUGGAGGCAAUGUCUCUGUACACAUGGAAUUAAAGUAGUCCUUCCUUUUAGUGAAACUGGAACCCUGAACCUUAAAACAAACAAYUUUCCGAGUGAUUGUGGUUGGUUUUUGUUUUACAGUUCUUUGAAAUUUAUGAGACUUCCAGAUGUGUAAUAAAACUGCACUAUCAGGUAAACUAGCACUGAAAUUAUAGGGAAAAUACUUAGAAAUGAAUGAAGCAAAAUUAUGUCCAGUUAACAGAAGUUUAAAUUAUUGCUAACAAUCAUUGCAGCAUUGCAAUUUACUUCCAUAUUAUCUGUACCAUCCACUGAACUGACUUAGUUUCAUUCUUUUUCAUAGCAGAAUUUUUCCCAGAUUGCUAAGAACAUGUAAGCAAGUGGAGUKUGAAUAUUCUAAGUGUCAAAACUUGCUUUUCAGUAAUUGGAAUAUCUCAUUCUCAUUGUAUAUUUUUUCCUGAUCCUAUAGGUUAUCUAUGUUUCACAAUAGCCCACUGCAGGUAAAUUUCAUCAAUUUCUCAGCAACAAAUCCCAAGGAAGGUAGGUCAUGUAUGUCACCUCACCUGUCUCGACUGGCCAAGGGCACUGGUGCCUAUAUAUUUGCACSUCCUUGUUUGUCAGUCAUAUCUGUCUUACUCCCCAAUUCUGGUUUUUASCAGUUUUUUCUUACAGCAGAGCAAUGUAAUCAGAAUAAUAGCUUCUUCAGGUGAGCUCCUUUUAAGAGUCAUGUGUUGAACAGUUUCCUCUGAAUGGUCUGUGGCCUUCACAGAGGUUUUGCACAAACCAGCAGCUGCACAGUAGCACCAACAGCUCCUACUGAAGAUAAAGAAAUCAUUUCAUAGGAUGGAAAACAGUAUUACUAUAAUACUUGGGUAAAUUAAAAUACCUACAGUUUUUAUUAUUAUUACAUUUUGAUAAAGUAAUACUUUAAAAGGCAUCACAAUAAAUAAGCAUAAAGGUAGAUCAUUAUAUUAAAAUAAACAAUUGAAUUUAAGACACUGUCUCAAAAGCAAAGCUGUAAAGCAUCAAGCAAGAGAGCAACAGUGUAUAUGUAUACACCAGAAAACUGGGGACAAAAAGUGUUCAUAGCCAAAAUCAACUAAGUUUUUUUGCCUUUUACUGGCAACAUAAAACCCAGAUUUCUGAAUUCUUGGUUCUGUACUAAAUAAGAAGUCGAUUUGAAAAAUUUGGAGAAUCUUGUAACUCCUGUUAUUUUGUAACACAUGCAAACAGUUCCCCUAGUCAAAGGACUCUGGAUAUAAAUUCAUACUGCAAAUGCUUCAUUGCCUGUGUAACUGGUAGAACAACUUUGGCUUUGUUCAUUGUACAGAGUAAAUAGUUUUCUCAUUUUCACAGCAGCUUUGUAUUUCCCAUUAAAUUGUAUUUGCCAUUAAAUCUGAUGGUGAGCUCCAUUCAUGUGGUCUUAGGAAUGAAGCUCUGUCUAUAUAAACUGGUUGUGGAACUGAMCGCUAAGUGUUAAGAAAAGGCAUUUGUUCCCUCACUAACCUUUUUUUUUUAAUGAGCUGUAAGAUGAGAAUCUUUAUCUAGACUUCUUUAUUUGAAAGCAAGAAAGAUCUGCAACAUGAACUAUUGUAGUGCUAGAUCCUUUUAAAAAUCAACAAAAAAACACCCUUCCUGGUAUUCUCCAGCAGACCUGGAGAAUUACAGACUGAUACUACAACUAUUUGCUUUGAGUUUUUUUAUACUAUGUAUGCAGUAUUCAUAAAGUGAAUAAAGAGCAGCAAACAUUCGCCCUUUGUAUUUUUGUUUUGGGGUUUGUUUUUUAGGAUUGCAGUGAUCCUGCAGUCAAUCCUUUGUUACUUCAGAGUGGAGAGCUGAAAAGCUGGKGCACUGGGAAGCUCAGUGAAUAAAAAAUGUGGCAUAAGGUGUUAGGAUCAGCAGUAGCUCUUACCAGCCCUUGUCGGUUCCUGCCGGACCCUUUGAGGAUUCAGAUGCAAACAAUCAGGUGUGUAAUUCCUGUUACGGAACAAAAUAAACGUCACUUUACUACUUACGUUGAAUUUCACUUUUCAGGGAAUAUUGUUAGACAUGAUGUUUCCACAAGUUUUAAAAGGAAUAUAUUGAAAUAGACAUMAUUUUGUUUGUAUGUUUAUUUAUUUAUUUAUAAUUUAGGAUAAGGCUUUUCACCCUAUUGUUUCUACUCAAAUUAGGCAGAGCUAAGCUCACAUAAUACAUUACAAGCUCCAGCUGACAUUUAUCUCAAAUUCCACAGUUGACUCAUCAUUGUACAUUCACAUCUGUACUGUUUAAUUGCUAAUUAAAUCCACAUGGUGGAAAAUGAAAUUAAUAAAAUAAAAUGUUUCUUGUUUUUUAAUGGAAUAUUGUAUUACAGCAGCACUCAUAAAUAAAACACAAUACUAUUCUGUAUUUCACAGUUCUACAAAAAGGUCAUAAAAUCUUGCUGGUCUCUUUUGUGUGUGUUCUCAGCAAACCUAGAAACAGCUAUUGUUGUAUCACGGGUAUAAAAAGCCAGUUAGUGCUGGUUUCCCACUGCUCUGGGUGUGAAGUAUUGAAGAAAAAUACAAG